AUGAAAAGAGCUCGCCUUAAUUUCUUCUUCCAUGCUAAGAUAAUGGAUCGUCAGAUAUCCUGUCCAGAGCCUAUCAUAAAGAGUGAAACCCUCAAACCCGAAAUUCAUCCACAGAUGUCUGUAGUAGAAGGAACAAAGGCUGACCGAAUGCAAAAAAUUGGCAAGUAUGUCAAAUCCAGCAUUGCUGACUUUUUUGGCGUUGGAGAACAGAGUGAGAAAAACCAAGAGCUCUGGAAUAACAGACGCCUCCGAUAUUGCAGUUCCAUUGGUAAAAUCAAAGAUGAACAUCUCCCUCGGAUGGGUGAUCUUGAUGAACCUGAUUUUGUUCGUACACAACAAAUUGUUGACCCUUAUCGUGUCACUGCAGGUCAUCGUACUCCUCAGUCUAGCACAAGCACAUGUUACAGAACUGUGCGGGGAGUCCCUGUGCGAAAAAUACGGAAAGACUCUGUUCUGAAGAUGACAUUGAGAGGCUUCAGCAUGUUGACUGCGGCAAGAAAACCAGCUCGAUUCAGUCAAGCAGCAUGUCAGAGUAGAAGUUAUGCACCUGCCAGUUUCUAUGGAGAUGAUGAAGUUAGUAUUGGGACAUUACAGGCCCCACCCACAGAAGAUACAUCAAGUCUUGUAGAUGAUGUAUUUUUUGAUGAACCCCCAGUAAUAGACACUGUAAAGACAUUGGAUAAGAUCCCUGAAGAAGAUUCAUCUGAUGGUUUACCUUUAACAGAACGACUACCUGUGAAAGAUUAUUAUCAACAACCAACAACAUCACUACCUUCUGAAGAUUUGGACACUGUAGAUGCUGGAGUUGGCCUUAGUAAAAUUCGUAAUAGUGUUAUGAAUAAAGUUCUGGAGAAACGGGGAAAGAGGCAGCUUGGAAUGGGGCUUAUAGGUCGCAUUAUGCACAGGAGUAUACGUAGUGACAGACUAACUUCUGAUGUGAAACAACAAAUAAAUGAAUUUGAUGACCAUAGGCCUUAUUUCACUUACUGGGUUACUUUUGUGCAAAUUGUUGUGUUUCUUGUCUCAAUUUCUGUCUAUGGACCUGCUCCAUUUGGAUUUUUUGAAAGUGAAUAUGCUGAAGCUAUUCUUAUGCCCAAUCUUGCAAUUGAAUUCAAACGUCAUCGGGAAAUUGCAAACAUGUGGUUUGGACCAAGACAGGCUGAUCUCAUUCAUUUGGGAGCUAAAUAUUCACCAUGUAUGCGUCGAGAUGGAAACCUCAUGAAAGCUAUGAGAAAAGAUCGUAUCCUAGAAGAGGGAUCUGCUUGCUGUGUACGCAAUGAUGGAUCUGGAUGUGCUCAAAUGACAGAGAACAGCAGACCUGGGCCAAAUGGAGAAACAGCUGGGACUGUGUGUGGCCUUGAUCCCAGAUAUUGCCAUAAGCCAGCUUCACAAGCACCUUUUGAGUGGAGUCAAGAUAUUACUGAAUGGCUUAUUUGUGAGGAACCAAAUAAACUCAAUCAGUCAAAGGCUAGUUUGAUAGAUCGCCACAUGACUUGUGAUGUUGUAGCUCGUCCAUGUUGCCAUGGUAUCCAAGGUGAAUGCUUUGUAACAACUCGACAACACUGUGACUUUGUACAUGGAUAUUAUCAUGAAGAAGCUUACCUUUGUUCCCAAGUUGAUUGCUUAAGUCAGAUUUGUGGUAUGAUUCCUUUUUAUUACAAAGAAAAACCUGAUCAAUUUUACAGGCUCUUCACAGCACUCUUCCUUCAUGGAGGCCUGAUUCACUUAAUUGUCACUGUGAUAUUCCAAGGUUUUGUAAUGAGAGAUGUAGAAAAACUUGCUGGAUGCAUACGGAUUGCUGUCAUUUAUUUUGGUAGUGGCAUUGCAGGGAAUUUAGCAAGUGCUAUUUUUUUACCGUAUCAAGUUGAGGCUGGUCCUGCUGGUUCUCAGUUUGGUAUUUUGGCUUGCCCCCUUGUGGAAGUCCUUCAAAAUUGGCAGAUGCUGAAAAAUCCAUGCCGCUCAGUCCUCAAAUUUGUUGUCGUGUUUUUCAUCUCUUUCCUUAAUUCUCUUUGUUCUUGUCCCCCCUCCAGUUUUCUCCUCUUCAUAUUUUUUUCUUUUCAUUGUUACUGCUUUCAUCUUUUAUAA